AUGGAAGAUAAUAAGGAAGGAGGGAUCGUGAAGAAAGGUCACGAUGACGGGGUGGAAAUGGCAGUUUCCCUUUUGCGAGAGUUCGAGCUCCCCGAAGGGCUUCUCCCUCUAGCCGACGUGGUUGAAGUGGGGUACGUGAAGGGCACUGGGUACAUGUGGAUAGUGCAGCAGAAGAAAGUGGAGCAUGAGUUCAAGAUGAUCAGCAAGCUGGUGAGCUAUGACACUGAGAUCAAAGGCUUCGUCGACAAGAAAAGGAUCAAGAAGCUCAAGGGAGUGAAGGCCAAGGAGCUGAUGCUGUGGCCUCCCGUGAGUGAGAUCACCAUUGAUGAUAAGCAACCAGGGAAGAUCCAUUUCAAGAGUCUUGCCGGGAUCACCAAGACUUUCCCUGUUGAGGCUUUUGCUGCUGGCCAGUGA